CUGAAAGGAUAUGAAAUGUUUUCACCUUUUGAGUAUUUUAGCCCAAAUGCGUGAAAGGAAAUAGAGUGGCGAUCCAUGGUAAUUCUCAUUUGAGGGUCACUUUGUUCAUAAAAAACAAUGAAAAUUUAUUUUUUUUCUCUCCUUGUUUUGAAAAAUACAACACUUUGGCUGAUCUUUAUGCUGAAAUUUUGAUUUGUUUACUUGCAUGUUUUUACACCAUGGUUUUUAACUGAGGGCAUGUCUUGAAAUGCACUUCUAUUAUCAUCUCAACUUAGUGGAUUGUGAAGUUUGUGGUCCAAGAGAAAAUUAUGGCCACAGAAUUUUUGGUGUCAUUUAUCAUCUCCAUCUUCCUCCGCAGUGUGUGAAGGGGUUGGCAAGAAGAAAAUGUUAAAGUUGAUGUUAGCUUGCUGCAAGGUCUAUGUAUCUGAAAGUCGAAACAAGGCAACAUUGGAGUCAAUUGAACAAGCUGCCAAGCUGUUCCCGGAGGUUGCCAUUAUCAAUAAAUUUGUAGAUGAAACUUACAAUAGAGUAGGUUACACACUUGUCUCUAAGUUGGCUCCAACACCAUCUUUAAACUUAUGUCCUCUGAAAAGCAGUGUGUUUGCAAUGGUUAAAGCUGUUUUUGAAGCUAUUAAUCUUGACUUGCACUCUGGGAGUCAUCCUCGGCUUGGAGUUGUUGACCACAUUUGCUUUCACCCCCUGGCUCAUGCUUCAUUGGACCAAACAGCUGGGAUAGCAAAGUUGUUGGCAACUGAUAUUGGCUCCAACCUUCAAGUCCCUGUCUUUUUAUAUGGAGCAGCCCAUGAAGAGGGAAGGGCACUUGAUUCAAUUAGAAGAGAAUUGCAAUACUUCAAGCCUAAUUCUAGUGGAGGCCUGUGGGCAGGAGGACCAAAAUCAGAACCCUUGCCACUGAAGCCUGACGAGGGUCCAGUACAGGUAGCUCAAGCAAAAGGUGUUGUUGUAAUUGGAGCAACCAAGUGGGUUGACAAUUACAAUAUCCCCGUUUUCUCUACUGAUGUUGCUAUUGUUCGGAGGAUUGCUAAACGGGUGAGUGGAAGGGGAGGUGGACUUCCAUCUGUGCAGGCUAUGGCACUUGCUCAUGGUAAAGAUGUCAUUGAGGUAGCUUGUAAUUUGUUAGAACCCUGUAGAGUAGGAGGUGAUCAAGUGCAAAUCGAAGUUGAGUGGCUUGCAAAGGAAGAGGGAGUGGCUGUAGGGAAGGGAUACUUCACAGAUUUCUCAGAAGAAGAAAUAAUUGAAAAGUUUUUGAAGUUGGGUUCUGUUGUUUAACUGCAUAAAGAAUUCUCACAAUGAACAAUAAUUCUCUUGUGUUGUAGUCAUUUUUUGUCUUGUCAUGUUAUACAAGUAUUUCUCCGUAUGAAUAACAUUUGCCUGCUUUAUGCAUUUGUCCU